AUGUCGGCAGGGCAGCAGCAGUCCCGGACUGGGAGAACAGGAGGCGCCACACCCACGCAGCGAGCCCAGACUGAUUGGACGUCAGUUGCUGACGCCGCCGCGAGUACACCCAACCCCAUGUACGUCACCAGAGCAGAUGCAGCUUAUGAUGCUGACGCUGCCAAGAAGACAAAAUGUCGCAGCCUCCGGAAGAAGCUGUUGCAAGUCACUGGCCUUUUGUUUGGCCUACUAGUCGCCAUCCUGAUGCCGUAUUUUGCAGUGAAAGUCAGCACCCUUUCUAACGACCUAGCAAAACUGUCUGUGAGAGUGUUGAAACUUUCCGAGGGACUGUUAACGCUUUCUGAUAAGGUGGGCGAACGGGACGGGAUGAAAGUUUCCUUACUGUUGUGGGAGAUAUUCUAG